AACAGAAGCGAGGGGAAGCAGUUGUCGUGUCAAAACACUGUAGUGCUGUUUCUCCUUUUCACAAAGAGGUUCGACAACAUUUUUUUUUUUUUUUUUUGCAAACACAAACAGUAAAUUAAGAGAACAUCAGCGGGCCAUGGCUACCGGAGGUGGGCCAGCGUCAAAUGUAGAAAGACGAGCUUCGAACUUCGCUCACUCGGGAGCGGGCAGGAAUGCAGGGGCAGCGCCUGCUGCAGCCACCCCGGGCUCUCCGUCGCUGGGCCUUCACAGGGAGCCCAUGUACAACUGGCAAGCCACGAAGAGCUCCGUGAAAGAGCGAUUCGCGUUUCUGUUCAACAACGAGCUGCUGAGCGACGUAAGGUUCGUUGUAGGCAAGGGGAGGCUAGCUCAGAGGAUCCCUGCUCACAAGUUUGUGCUAGCGGCUGGCAGCGCUGUCUUUGACGCCAUGUUCAACGGAGGCAUGGCAACUACCUCUACUGAGAUCGAUCUGCCUGAUGUGGAAGCCGCUGCUUUCCUAGCAUUGCUAAGGUUUCUUUAUUCAGAUGAAGUUCAUAUAGGUCCAGAGACAGUAAUGACUACCCUUUACACUGCCAAAAAAUAUGCAGUCCCUGCAUUGGAAGCCCACUGUGUAGAUUUUCUCACCAAACAUCUCCGAGCGGAUAAUGCUUUUAUGCUUCUUACUCAGGCUAGGUUGUUUGAUGAACCGCAGCUUGCCAGCCUUUGCUUGGAUACAAUAGACAAAAGUACAGGAGAUGCAAUAAGUGCAGAAGGCUUCACAGAUAUUGACUUGGAUACACUCUGUGCAGUGCUGGAAAGAGACACACUGGGAAUUCGGGAGAGUAGGCUCUUUGCUGCUGUUGUGCGCUGGGCUGAAGCAGAAUGUUACAGACAAGAGCUUCCACUAACUUCAGAAAACAAGCAGAAAGUGCUGGGGAAAGCGUUAACACUUAUUCGCUUCCCCUUGAUGACAGUGGAGGAGUUUGCUGCAGGGCCUGCCCAGUCUGGAAUUUUGUUCGAUCGGGAGGUGGUAAAUCUGUUUUUACACUUUACAGUAAACCCCAAACCCCGGGUUGACUACAUUGACAGGCCACGAUGUUGUCUCAGGGGGAAAGAAUGCAGCAUUAAUAGAUUCCAGCAAGUAGAGAGUCGCUGGGGAUAUAGUGGAACCAGUGACAGAAUAAGGUUUACUGUUAGUAGAAGAAUAUCUAUAGUGGGCUUUGGUCUCUAUGGAUCUAUUCAUGGACCAACUGAUUAUCAGGUCAAUAUACAGAUUAUUGAAAGUGACAAAAACCAGACACUAGGACAAAAUGACACAGGGUUUAGUUGUGAUGGAACAGCUAACACGUUCAGAGUAAUGUUUAAGGAGCCUAUAGAGAUUAUACCGAAUGUCAGCUAUACGGCAUGUGCAACUCUUAAGGGUCCUGAUUCACACUAUGGUACCAAAGGGUUAAAGAAAGUGAUUCAUGAGUCUGCGACAGGAACCAAGACCAUUUUUUUCUUCUUCAGUUCACCUGGGAAUAACAAUGGCACUUCUGUGGAGGAUGGACAGAUUCCAGAGAUUAUCUUCUACACAUAGACCUUGGAAAUACAAUAUCUUAUCUUGAUUGGCGGUAUAAAGGGGAGCAUGUUGCAUCUUAACAUAUUACAAAGAGGAUA